AUGAGCAAAAAACAAACAACCCAUACUCAUAAAUUUCUUAGAUCAGAUGCCCGACGCUUGUCAUCUGAAGUUAUUGAAGAAAUUAGAAAUGCUCAGAAUAAUAUUCCAGAUGCUCAGCGUAUUAUGUGUAAAAAGCAUCAUAUAGGAUCAACAACAUAUCAAAAAAUAAUUGAUAAUAAGAGGCUUCCUGAACCUACCGAGAAAUGGCGCAGAAUCAUAGAAUCUGUCAGCAUCUCUGACCAGAUUUCAGAAAAUAAUCAGGAAUCUUUACAUGAUACUUCCUCCUCUACUAUCAUACAAGAAGACAGGAUCACUCAUACGGAAUAUCCUAUGGAUAAUGAGAAUGAUGCAAAUUCUAAUGGUCUGAAUACAGUAACUAAUGGGCGAAAAGAUAAAGUUAGUCGAAAAAAAAAGCUAGUAUAA